AUGAAGGCAGAGGACAUUGACGACGAUUCACCAUCGAGACUAGAAUGGCUAAGACAGAAGCAAGAGGAAAACGAAAAGAACGUACAUCUUGAUCAACUCAUGACUAUGGUUGGUCUUGAAAAUGUGAAAGCCCAUUUUCUUGCUGUCAAGGCCAUAGUCAAGGCGAGCAAGCAAACGGGCGACGAGCAUCAGAAGUUGCGACUUCAUCUAGUUCUCCACGGGAAUGAUGGAACAGGCAAGAAGUCCAUUGCACAGCUUUACGCGCAGUUCCUCUAUUCCAUCGGAGCUGUGGCUGAACAGACAUUUGCUAGGACGUCGCGAUAUCGUUUAACGUCGAGAGAUCGUCAAACUUCUGGACCUCGUCAUCACUUUGACGAUGACGAAGAUUGUGACCGUGACGACACUGACGACGAUGGCGAUGACGAUGACUAUUCCGAGGAACCCGACAGCCGGUCUACUCCAGACUCGCAAAAAGAUCCUGCGCUGUCCAACACAGGCAUCGUGAAUAACGCCAUUGGCGAUGCGGAGACAUCUGUUGUGAUUAUCUCCUGCAGGGAAAAGGCUCUUCUCGACUUUAUCGACAAAAGCGAAAAGGCUUUGCAGGAGCUGCCGGUCCCGUUGACUCUCCCAGAUUACAGCGAUGAUGAACUACGACAGCUUCUCGUGCGUAUGAUGCAAAAAAGGGGCUUUUCAAUUAGUGGUGGGUUCGAGGAUGGCAGUCUGCGCGCCUUGGCUCGGCGGAUGGCACAAGAAAGAAAGUCGUCCCAACAGCGCUGGAGCGUGUUUGAUUACUUGCAGCAAGAGUUGGACGAGGCAUGCAAGAGACGAGCACGUCGACUUCAAGCGGAUUACAUGCGAUGGUUUGACAAUCUUACAAACUCCGACUCCCAGUCAUCAGGUCUCUCCGCCCGGCAAAAGGAUGGCGAGAUGGACGCCACCGAAGCCCCCAAAGUUCUUGACGUCAUCGACAAGCAGAAUAUGGUCUUCAUGCCACAAGACCUCUUAGGAUCAGAGCCUAAGGACGCAAGGAUCCACAACGCCUCAUGGAAAAAGCUACAAACCAUGAUCGGACUAAACAAAGUCAAGAGCGAAAUUGGCAAUACCAUCGACUUCUCUCAGACCAAUUAUCAACGUGAGCUUCUGGGAGUGAAGCCGCUAAAGAUAGGUCUGAACAGAUUAUUUCUCGGACCCCCUGGAGUAGGGAAAACCACCGUCGCUGCAUUAUACGGCCAGAUACUCAUUGACCUCGGGCUUCUGACUGGAACAAAGGUUAUGGUCCGAAAUCCGUCUGACUUGAUUGGUAGAUACCCUGGGCAAUCGGAGCAGAUGACACAGGACAUCCUCUCUCAAGCUCGUGGAAACGUGCUCAUCAUCGACGACGCACAUAUGUUGUAUCCCGGAGCAAAUGGAGGCGGCAACAAGACGGAUGUCUAUCGCACAGCUGUGCUUGACACUAUUGUUGCGAACGUAUUCGCAGAUCCGGAGAACAGAUGUAUCAUACUUGUCGGAUACGAUUACGAGAUGGGUCAACUGUUCAACAACUACAAUCCGGGGCUCCAGAGACGUUUCCCCAAAGAAACCGCUUUACACUUUGACCCGUACAGCGAGGAUGAACUAUGCCAGAUUAUGGAUCUAAAAGCCGAGCAACACAGGAUGCCAGGGCAUCGCAUGCGCAUUAACCCCAAAUUCGGCAAUGCGGGAGAUGUCGAGAACCUACUCAACCAGGCGAAGGUCCGCCUGAAUGCUAGAAUCAGAUCCGGACUUUCUCACGGGCAACCUGCCGUCGAACCUGCCGACAUCAAUCCACAAUGGGAUCGGGCUUCACAGGCUGAGGGAAACAGAGCAGCCCUCUUCAAAGACUUCGUCGGAUUCAGAGAGAUUGUCGAAAAGUUUGAAGGAUAUCAGCUCUUAGUUGACGGCAUGCGGCUACAUGACAUUGAUCCCAAGCCCCAUAUUCCAUGGGCCUUUAUCUUCAAGGGCCCGCCUGGCACUGGUAAGACUUCAACGGCUCGAAAGAUUGGACGCCUAUACUACGACAUGGGCCUGCUUUCCACAGACGAGGUUGUGACUUGUUCAGUCACCGAUAUUGUUGGAGAAUAUGUGGGGCAAACCGGUCCCAAAGUUCUCAAUACCCUUGAGACCGGCCUCGGAAAAGUGCUAUUCAUUGACAAAGCCUACCCUUUGGCCACGGGCACCAAUGGCACAAGUGGCUCUAACUUCCACAUGGAAGCCGUUGGAGAGCUAGUCGAUGCCAUGACGCAGCCGCGAUACAGGAACAACAUGGUCAUAAUCUUGGCCGGGUACACCCGCGAGAUGGAAUGUUUACUGCAAACCAAUCCGGGUUUGCGAAGCAGAUUCCCAGAACAUAUCACAUUUGAGCCCAUGGCUCCACACGCAUGUCUUCAGUAUCUCAAGAAUCAGCUUCAUAAGCUUAGGAUCGGCAUCGUGGAAGGAGAUGACUCAUCGGAGAUUGUCCACGACCUGUUUGAAAGUCUUAGCCUCACAACGGGGUGGGCCAGUGGUCGUGACGUCGAGACGUUGGCCAGAAGGAUCAUCAGCAGUGUGUACAUGCAGCAGGGCAAGUUCGGGAAGAAAGGAGCAGUGGGUUCCCUGCAGGUGAGUACGACUGAUCUUGUCCCAAUACUCGAAGAAAUGUGGGAGGAGCGCAGGUGA